AUGGAGCGGCGCGAGCCCCCUCACGAUGGAGCGGCACGAGCCCCCUCAGGACGAGUGGCACGAGCUCCCUCACGGCAGCCGGGCGCGAGCCCCCUCACGGCGGGGCGGCGCGAGCUCCCUCACGAUGGAGCGGCGCGAGCCCCCUCAUGGCAGCCUGGCGCGAGCUCCCUCAUGGCGGAGUGGCGGGAACUCCCUCACGGCAGCCUGGUGCGAGCCCCUUCAGGACGAUCGGCGCGAGCUCCCUCAGGGCGGAGUGGCACGAGCUCCCUCACGCAGCCGGGCGCGAGCCCCCUCACGGCGGGGCGGCGCGAGCUCCCUCACGAUGGAGCGGCGCGAGCGCCCUCAGGGCAGCCUGGCGCGAGCUCCCUCAUGGCGGAGUGGCGGGAACUCCCUCACGGCAGCCUGGUGCGAGCCCCUUCAGGACGAGCGGCGCGAGCUCCAUCAGGGCGGAGCGGCACGAGCUCCCUCACGAUGGAGCGGCACGAGCCCCCUCAGGACAGCCUGGCACGAGCUCCCUCACGAUGGAGCGGCGCGAGCCUCCCUCACGAUGGAGCGGCGCGAGCCGCCUCAGGACGGGUGGCACGAGCUCCCUCACGCAGCCGGGCGCGCGCCCCCUCAGGGCGGAGUGGUGCGAGCCCCCCUCACGAUGGAGUGGCACGAGCUCCCUCAGGGCGGAGUGGCACGAGCCCCCUCACGGCGGGGUGGCGCGAGCCCCCUCAAGACGAGCGGCGCGAACUCCCUCACGGCAGCCUGGUGCGAGCUCCCUCACGGCGGGGUGGCGCGAGCUCCCUCAUGAUGGAGCGGCGCGAGCCCCCUCACGAUGGAGCGGCGCGAGCUCCCUCAGGGCAGCCUGGCGCGAGCUCCCUCAUGGCGGAGUGGCGGGAACUCCCUCACGGCAGCCUGGUCCGAGCCCCCUCACGAUGGAGUGGCACGAGCUCCCUUCAGGACGAGCGGCGCGAGCUCCCUCAGGGCGGAGCGGCACGAGCUGCCUCACGAUGGAGCGGCGCGAGCCCCCUCAGGACGAGCGGCGCGAGCUCCCUCAGGGCGGAGUGA